UUGACUCAGGCAGUCUACGGAAACACAAGAGAAACACAUACCAAUGAACGUCCAUACAGAUGUCAGCUAUGUUCUUAUAGUGCUAGGGAUGGAUCUCAGCUAACUGUGCAUCUCAGAACCCAUACAGGUGAUACACCAUUUCAAUGUAUGGUUGAGAACUGCUCUGCAGCUUUUAAGACAAGUUCAGAUCUCCGACGCCAUGAGCGCCUUCACACAGGUGUUAAACCAUAUAAGUGCACAGCAUGUGAUUAUGCUUGUGCCAUAAAAUCUAAUUUGACAGUCCACAUGAGACUCAACCACUUUCAGGGAGCAAAGUUCAGCUGUACCAAGUGUGAUUUCCUUGGAAAUAGUCGGAAACAACUGAAGGAACAUGAGAAAACUCAUGCAAAUGUGCUUAUACAGUGUGAACUCUGUGACCAUGUGAGUACUAGUAGCACUGGUCUUCGACAGCACAUGUUGAUACAUUCCCAGGAGAAGCCCUUCCAAUGUCGCUAUUGUUCAUUUACCUGCAAAACUACAGGCAACUUGCGAUAUCAUGUACGUAACAAGCAUGGAUGUGAUGUCUCUGGACGGAAGAAAGGAAAUGCUGCCAGUGGAAUGACAGGAGGAAGAGGUCGAACAGCCACAGGUGCUGGAGGAGGUGCAGGACGCAGAACAGGUCGACCAUCAUGCUACAGAAGCUUCAAAUGUAGUGAUUGUGGGAGUGGCUUUGUGAGGGAGGACUCUUACAGAGGAAGUGCAUCUACCCAAACUAAUGAUGGCACUGUCAAUGGGUAUAGUUCAUAUGUCAUAACCAUUGAUGGAAUAUCAACAGUGUUUUCAAACCCAGUGCGUAUAGCAGGAAGCACAGUGAGCACAGAGACUGGGGAACAGAUUCCUGGUACAGUAGAAGUCAUCACCGGAGACCUGAUUACUUCUUCAGGACACAAAGGAACAGCAGGACCUCCACCAUAUGAUCUGGAUGCUGAGAAUAGAGGGUCAACUUCCCACCAUGGGUAUAAUUUGUCCCAGGAUAACAAGACUGAUAAGAACCAGGCCAUAUAUAGCAUUGCGCCAGAGGACAAAGGACCCCAAAACCACUCUACAUUUGGUCACUCAGGUGUACAGAGUCAUGGUGGUUCAAAUGCAGAGUACAUCACCCACACAGCCUCACAGCAAGAGCUCCAGCAGGUGGUUCUGGUUCAACAUCAUCCCCAACCUGGCAUGGAAGGCAAUCUGGAACACUCUAUACAGGUCCAUAAUUUGUCUGGAAAGGCACCAAAGUCAGAGGAGGUUUAGAGGCCAAAUUAGUUAAAAUAUUACAUGUUGGUGUUUCACUAUUAAGUGCUUAUGAAAGUCUAAUCAGAUUGAAAAAAAUGGACAUGGAUGCAUACCCUAAUUCAUAAGCUCUUAUACAUGCAUUUACAGAUUGCUCUCUUUAUUUCUUUUUCUUUCUCAGUUAUUCAGUUACACACACACACAUUAUACUCUUUGCAUCUGCUGUCAUAAUUCCUCAUUAACUUAUAUAUUCAGCAGCACACUAAUGUGUACAAAUUCAGACUUACUUGUGUAGUGAAGGGUAAUCAGUUUAUUUUUCUUAUGGAUUUUUAGGAUCUCUGUAAAACAUGCAUAUCAGAAUCAGUUACUGAUGGUUAGUGAUUUUUUUUCUCUGCUUUUAAUUUUACAUGUAUGCUAGAGAAAAAUGUGUUGUUAGUGAAAAUACUUAUAUUUUGUGAUAUAGCUCUUAAAGGAAAGAAAUCAUACAUGCAUGCAUGUUUGUAUUUUUCUUACAAGGAAUUUUAAUUAAUUCAUAAAGCAGAUCAUGUAUAUUUCAAACAAGUUCCUCAUGUAAUAAGAAUUUAUUUUUGAAAAAUCAACACGGUAAUCACUGAAGAUUAAAAGAUAUAAUUUAUGCAGCUUAUUUCAACAUGUCUAAUGUAACUCUACUAUCAUAUAUGGAGAGAAGUAAAAGUGAGAAUGAUUAUGGAGCUGAUGAAGCUUUAUGCUAAAAUGUCUUGAUCCUUUAGAGAGGGAAUUGAAAAUUUUACCAGCUCAUGAGAUUAUUUUCAUAAAAAGCAUUUUUGUUGCAUACAAAUAAAGACAAGAUGAGUAAUAUAUUUUGAUAAUUUUGCUUAAUUUUUUGUUGUUUGUGGUUAAAUAUAUUGUAAUGCCUAGCUAGUGACGAAACAUUUUAGGAUUUUAGGAAAUGGAAAGGUAUAUGUGGCAGAAAAUGGGUCAAGUUCCCAAAGCUUUCAGAGAGAUAGGGUAGGUGACACUCCUCCCUUGGGCCUCACAUGACAUAUAAACCAUCAGCAAACUGCGCAACAUUAAACAUAAUUUCACAAAUCUUUAUGGAGGGAUAUGCCAUUAACAUGUAUGAAUAGUUAUGUAUCAUGGUUAUUUACCCAUUCAUGAUAGAUGAAAUUUUGAAUAAAGUGAGGCCAGAGUGCAUCAGCACAUCUCCGCACACUACUGUCCAGCUUAUGACUGGGACCUAGGAUUAUGAGAUAAUAGGAUGUCAGCUGAUGCGAAGGGAUUAAAAUGAUCAUCAGAUGAGUGCUUUCUUUUAUUUUUUCAAAUGCAGACAUGAACUGUAAAAGGUUAUAGAAGCAGUGAAUUGUCAGACGGUAACUUUGUAUAUUAUUGGAAAGGGAUCAGAGGGUAGUGUGAGUUUUAAAUUUGAUAGUAAGAAAAGGGAAGAUAUCACAAUAGCUUGUCGACAUAAGAGGGAAAUCAUUUUAAGAAGUAAGAGGAAUUAUCUACAAUGUUUUCAGGUCUUGUGAACCAAGGAAAUGAAAAUAUUGUUGUAUAUUUUUUUUGUUUGUGCUCUCAAUUUAUAACAGGAAAACUGAGACAUGGGAAUUGUUAUAGUUGCAUUGCUUAUUGUUACAUAGCAUGUUUUAUUUUAGGACACUCUCUCAACACCUAUGCUCAGAUGAAAGAAAUAGGGAAUUAGUUUCAAUAUACUUAUAAAGAUGAAACAUUUUCUACAUUGACAUUGUGUUUCAGUAAAAAAUUUAAUGUCCACUUAAGAUUGCCAGGUUCUACUAGUAAUGACAUUAGUAUAAUGUGUUACAUUGAGUAGAAUAAAGAUUUAUUACACUGGAGAGUUACAAUUGUUACAAGUUAGAUCAUAAAAAAAAAAAAAUAAAUAAAAAUAAAAAUAAAAAAUUGCUGUGCACAUGGUGUGGAUGUUGGAUACAAACAUUUUAUUUUUCUUGAAUAAGACGGUGUAAAUAUGUGCAAGUGUGACAAGUAAAUUAUUUUGAUGAAUGAAAUUUACCAUAGUAUUAAAGUUUAAUGACUGUAUCAUUGAGAGAAAUUGUAUUUGUUUUUAGAAUAUGGAGAGUUGUGGUUAGUAUUCAUUUUAGUAUAAAUUAAUGUGCUGAAAGGGAGAUUAUAUAUUUCAUUUUUAAACAUAUCAAGGCAUACAACAAUAAGUUCUACGAGUUGAAAAGAACAUUUCAAUUUAAAACAUCAUUACAGUGUACAAAAAAAGGAAGAUUUCUGUAAUUCUUCUCUUGUGAGGAUCUUCUGAAAUUGUAUCCUUAUUAGGAAAUGGUGGUAUUUAUUAGCAGUAUCUAAUUUUUCAGCAAGUGGAACAUUUGUCAUACUGAUGUUUAAAUAUUAAACUGUUUAUUUUAAGCUCAUUAUUUUUCCUUUUUCACAUUGGCCAUAUGAAUCUGUAUGACUGUACUGACCUUCAAAAUUGAUUAUAAAACAAUGCAAGUUAUGACUCUAAGACAGAUUGUGUGUAUGUAUUUUAUGUACUUAUAUUGCAUUGGACCUAAUAGCCAAAAGACUUCAGAAUGUUACUGUUAAAAAAAGCAGUGAUACAUGACAUUCUGCCUUUUCUUUUUCGUUUAUUUUUCCAAGUAAAGUCAAGUAAACACAAAAUGUUAUUUAUAAACUGAAUUCAAGUAAGUUUCUCCUGACUCUAAAGAAUGAUCAAAGUAAAUCAAUAUUAGUUAACACAUUGUUAUUGUAUUAUCAUCAUUGUUAUUUUUUUUUUCUCCUUCAUUAUCAAUGUGUGCACAAGUCUGUGUGCACAACUGUGCAUGUCUGUGUCUUGUUUUUUCUAGCAUGGAAAUUAGUAGAAAGGUUUUGAGGAGUAUGUUUCUUGUUUGUGUAUAUAUUUUGUUGUUUGUGGCUCAAAAUGUAAAUUAGCCAGUCUGUUCCUGAAUUUGAAAACUGAUAAAUCUUUUCAACUGCCUUAUGGAAGCAGAUUAAUUGUAUAUGAUUUUAUACAAUUUAUUUCCUACAAAGAUUGUUAGUAGCUUUAAGGGUUUCUUGCCAUUGUCAAAGUAACCUCACUAUUAUAUGUAACAAUUUUGCUAAUGAGGAAAGUUGUUUAGCUACCUGUAGACUGAUGCAAAACAUUUUUGUUGUUGUUUAGUACAAGUAUAUGGAUGUGUUUGUAUUUGUGUGUAAAUGUGUACACCCAUGUAUGUGUUAAUGUAUCAUGUUUGCAGCAUGUUUAUGCAUUUGCAUGCAUACAUGUCCACUUCCACGUGUGUGUGUGUGUGUGUGUGUGUGUGUGUGUGUGUGUGUGUGUGUGUGUGUGUGUGUGUGAGUGAGUGAGUGAGUGAGUGAGUGAGUGAGUGAGUGAGUGAGUGAGUGAGUGAGUGAGUGAGUGAGUGAGUGAGUGAGUGCGUGCGUGCGUGCGUGCGUGCGUGCUCUCUCUCACUUCAAUGUGUGUAUCAUUGCAUGUUUGUGUGUCUUGGUUUCACACAUGUACACAAAUACACCAUCAUAGAAAGAGUGGGAUGUUAAGCAAACCAUUUUAAAUUUUGCAACCUUUGUUCAUUGUACAUUAGAUGUUGCUAUCUGAAAAGCAAAUUUCCUGUUUUAUAUAUUAAGGUUGGACCCGAGAUGCAGAAAUGGACUUCAAUGUUUUCAUAGUUAGGAACAACAAAAUAUGUUUAUGAUAAAGAAACCACGUGUCAAACAGAUUGUGUAACAAUAUUUUAUGAUUCUUUAGGUAUAAUAUACAAAGUGAAGAGUAAAGCAUUCUUUGGUCUUAUAUUCUGUGAUAAUAUUUAGUGUACUAGAAAUGUUCCUAGGUUGAUCUUUUUACAAUAAAUUAAUUUGUUAGCCACU